AGUAGAAAAUUAUCUUUGUUUUAUCUAAAAAGAAAUUUUACUUUGCGCAGGAAAAUAUUUUGCGAAGAUUGUAUCAACAUCUAUGAAUGAGCACAGAUAAAACUAGUAUUCAUUUGCAGGGUAUUGUAAAAGACACUGAAAAAGAUUAUUGUGAGUGAUUCCUGACAGAAUUUUGGAUUUCAAGAUAUUAAAGAUAAAGACAACAGAAUUUGGGCAACGAACUGUAGAAAAAAAGUAAUUUGAUUUCGGGAAACUUCAUUAUUUAGGCGCUGCUACUUAAGUGGAACCCAAACGGAAUUUUGCGUAGUUGUAGUGAAAGUGAGUGUGAGCAUUUGUGAUCUGCGAGUAUGCUGUAUAAGGUUUCCGAGGCCAGUGAAAACCAACAGUUUGUGCAGAAACAGGAAGGAGACGACAGCUACGAUAAAAUCUAUCCCAAACAGGAAACAACACCUGACAUAAGCUCGGAGACCUCUGGCAUGUUUUCUACGUCACUCGUGCCGAUGACGUCAUCACCAAGUUCCGCAUCACCGACGUUCCAGGAUCCGCAGACGUCCAACAACCUGGGCUACCCCGGGUCCAUGUACGUGCCUGGUUCACGGUCUGUCCUACCGUCAAUGCAGUACCUUGGAAACGCUAACCAGACGUCGUCGGCGUCCUUCUGGGGAAUGCAACCGGCAGAUCUCGGUUACUCUUCGGCGGCAGCAAACGGCGGAUCUCAGCUCUCAAAACCAUUCCCAUUCGACCCGACGCAGGCGCCGACCUCACCGACAACACGAACCGAGGGGAUGAGCUACCCGUCUACAGGAUCUAUCGCCCGCCCAAACCCGUACCCGUCCUAUAUGGGAGCAGACAUUUCCCCCUGGAGCAUGGCCAUACAGCAAGGAUUGCACCGGAUCGGCUCGGAUGGACAGGAGUACUUUGCCGACCUCGAGGCCCGAGAGUGUGUUAAUUGCGGAGCCAUCUCUACCCCUCUGUGGCGGAGAGACGGCACUGGUCAUUACCUUUGUAACGCAUGUGGCCUCUACCACAAAAUGAAUGGGGGCAUCAACAGACCGCUUCUAAAACCCACACAGAAACGACUGGGCGAGACGUCGGACUACCAAUCGUUCUACCCCACCCACCCGUACAUGACAGGCAUGGGACCUUGGAUGAACAACGGACAGUUCAUCAACAGGGGCAAGUCUGCGUCUCGUCGGGUUGGUCUGUCGUGCGCCAACUGCCACACCACGACGACGACCCUGUGGCGGCGGAACAGCGAGGGCGAGCCCGUAUGUAACGCCUGUGGACUUUACUACAAGCUUCAUGGGGUCAACCGGCCCCUUGCUAUGAAGAAAGACGGCAUCCAGACCCGAAAACGGAAACCCAAGAACGUGAAAGGCGCCGGAAGUUCCAGCGGUACAACAGGAAGUGUCCCUGACAACAGUUCCGCUGUGAAGACAGAGACUACAGAGAAAAGGUCCACAGUAUCUCCCUCUACAGACUCCCAUCAGAUCCGUGAUGCAAACAUCAGUGAUGACGCAAUGUCUGCACGCAUGCAUCAUAUGACCCCAUACCCUGUCAAAACUGACCGAGCAAGUCCGAAAGAUCCGCACAACAGUUACACAUCCUCAUUUUUGACCCUCACUCCACCUAAAACCAUCGGGGACUCGUUAGACAAAGAUGGUCACUAUUUAAGCGCGCAUGCGCAGCAGAUUUACUCAACUAAUCAGAAUUCGGGACUAAAUAUGGGAAUCGUAGCUACGUAAUUUGUGAUAUAUAAUAACAAAUGAGUUAAUAGGCUUUGGUGAUUUUAUUUUUUUACUGCGAUAACGCUCAUCGCAUUGAAUUGAACUUUAUAUUCGGAGAAAAAGUGUUUACCGGAUUUUGACACUCUUGAUAAAAGUGCAGAUGCUAUUAAAAUGUGUGUACAUAUUAGGUGUUGUAGAUAUGAAUUUUUGAAGUUAAUUACAAGUUGGCAUAUUUUUGUAUAUAUAUAAGGAGUUAUUAUUUACAUGUAGAUUUAGAAAAAAGCAUGCUAUUUCAAAUGUUCGCUUGAAAUAAUUUCUUCGUCGCAUCCGUCAUUUGUUUAGAAUGAGACUCACCAUUGGCAGUUCUUAUAGAAUAAACAAUGUUUUUGCUGGAUUAUUACGACCAUCGAGCAUCAUUUUAUUCAUAUAUUGUAAUUUGUAUUAAUA